AUGGUACCAGGCGCGCAGAGAAAUGCAUGUCUCUCAUGUCGCCAGCGAAAGCUCAAGUGUGAUCGCAAGCAGCCAUGUGCGAAUUGCAUUGCUCGGUCAGUUGUGUGCACAGAGCAAGACCUGCCUCCUAGCCGAGCAGUCAAAAGGUCUUUGCCUCAAGAGCCAGACUCUUCAACACUGUCAAGCAUACUCUCAAGGUUAGACCAAAUCGAGGAUUGCCUCAACUCAAACAAGAGAAGCAAAAAUGUUGUAAUAUUGGCCCCCAUUGGCGACCAGCUGAAUGCCAUUCGAUUCAACGUUCCCAGCGUCUUGCAAGCUCCAGACCCCGCUUCCAAUGACGCUGAGUCGAUGCCUCCUGAAGACCAAAUGCAAGCUACCAAAUACUCGGUCAAUGAUAGCUUCUUGAAAAUAAUCGAACCUCGCCACAUACAACUCCCUCCCAAAUGGGAGACUAUGCGUCUAUUUCAAGUAUACUUCCAAUACUUGGGCCAUGUCCAGAACAUUAUCUACGAGCCCCACGCACGCACUCUUAUAAACGAGGCAUAUGACCAGAUCGUUAAUAUUUCUGCAACGACUGCGCCUCGAGGACUCGCCUCGAUAUUAUCCGUCAUUGCCUUGGCGACGAUCCUUGAGCCUGUGGACGGUGACUUGACGACAGCUAUUCCAAUACUCAAGGAAAGACUUGAGUUAUUCGCCUCCUACGUGGGAAUGGCGAUGGACUGCCUCGAGCAGCAUCGUCGGCGAGGAGAUCACACUCUCGAAAACGUCCAGGCACUGAUUCUCCUUAGCUUUGGCAUCCAUCAUACCGAAACCUUCUCUCCUCGGUAUCGUGUCUUGCUCGCUGAAGCUGUCGCUGUUUCUCAUAGCCUUGGACUUCAUGUUGUCGACCGCGUAUCGGUGAGGCGGGGCCAUUCCAAGGUUGAUACGGACCUGAUAACACAAGAGAUAAAGAGAAGAGUUUUGUGGUACCUCACGGCGACUGACUGGGCAUCCUCAAAAGCAGAAGGAACGUCUGGAGCUACAUAUCUCAUCCAGCCAAACCUCAUCAGUACCAACCUUCCGAGACAUAUUGAUGAUGACGACCUCGAUAGCUCCCAUCAAAAGCAGCGGCCUCUUUCACAACCAACCACCAUGUCGUACAACCUUCAACGCGUCAAGGUCGCCGAGGUAGUUCGCUGCAUUUCGGAUCUGAUGCCACAUGAUCCAAGCGAAGCAUCAUGCGAGCUGAUCCUUUCACUCGAUGCAAAACUCGAAUCAUUGCUCUACGAGCUACCGGACUUCUUCAAAGCAGAAUUGGGAGAGUCUGAAGAGACGAAACAGAUUGACCGAAACUAUCCCCACAUUCCGAUGCAGCGACUCUUGAUCAACCUGUUGAUCAACAUUUUUCGCUGUGGGCUACAUUUCCCCUACCUUCCCGGGCGCAUCAACAAGGCUCUACAUGCGUUUUCUCGACAGGCCAGUCUGAAGGCUGCUCGAGCUGUUCUUUCUUCGCAGCGAGGCAUGAGCAUGACGGAUAUGUUGCACUCUGCCGACUUCAUGAAAAUCCAGGGCACCAUCUUCCACAUGUUCAUUGGGGCACUUGUUCUCACUACUGAUAUCUGUUGUAACCGAGAUGGCCAGACACAAUUAUCUGAGCUGAUGGAGGUUCUGAAGAAGCUGGACCAUGUUAAAGACCACUCCAAGAUGGCUGCAAGGUUGCUGGAUAUUUUGACACAGUUGCUGGUCUCGUAUGGGAUUUGGCCACUAUCCACGACUAUCUCUACCUAUACUGAAGACGCAACGCCACUUGACUUUGGUUUAUGUGGAUCCAAGGGCCAAGGGCUUAACAGUCUCGAUAUGCUCUUAUCUUUUGAUGAGUUGUGGGAGACAUAUAUUGAGCAGCCUGGUGGCUUGGACAUGCUGGAUAUCUUAGAAACUUAA